CGUCGUCCAGGAGUAUAACGAUCGGGUAACAUGAACGGCUGUGGUGACUAGCUAUAGGGAGCUCAGCCUGUGCUCCGGGUUGGCAGAACUCUCUGGUCCAGCAAUGUCUGCAUCUUCUAGAGGUCCGUCCAGAAACACAGGUCAGAGAAGCAAAACCACGUCGCCACCGCUAGCUUCUUCUUCCGCAAACUCAGCCAGUGGAGUCCGAGCAAGACCAAGCGAUAAGCUGAACCCCAAAACUAUAGAUCCGUUUGCUGAGCCCCAGAGAUCUCCCUCUGCAUUUGCUGCCAUAUACUCUAAAGGAGGAAUUCCAUGCCGGCUGGUCCAUGGCUCUGUGAAACACAAGCUGCAGUGGGAGCGUCCUCCACAAACAAUACCUUUUGACCCUCUACUCAUCAACUUAGCCGAGGGUCUUAGAGAGACGAGACAUCCUUACACAUUCGUUUCACAAGAGGGAUUUAAGGAGUUAUUGAUGGUUCCCGGGGCUGCAGAAAAAGCCUUGCCCUUAUUACCCAAUCUGGCAGCUGCAUUGAAGGGUGCCCUUGUCCAUUCAGAUGGUGGCGUGUUUGAACGAGGUUUGAAUGGCUUGGUACAGCUAAGUGCUCUUGUUGGACCGGCAUUAAACGUUCAUCUGAAGAAUCUGCUCACCAGUCUCUCUAAAAGACUAAUGGACAAAAAGUAUAAAGAUUCGGUCACAAGUGCUUUACAGCAAUUGGAGCAUUGUGGUGGGAAGGAAAGCCUAACGAUAAUCAAAUCAAAAAUUCCAACGUACUGCUCCAUAUACAGCUGAACAUGCAUGGAAACACUUGUGAGCAUCGACUUUACAUUUUAAGAAAUGAAAGAAUACACUGGCCUUUCCUAUGGAGAUAUGAACAUGGGCCCCAAAACCUAACCGAAGGUGGCCAAGUUCCCCUGUGUGCAAUAUUUGUUUUCUGUGUGGACUGAUGUGUCUGAAAAUAUAUACUGAAAUAUUACUAUAAAAAAGAACUGGUGAAGUGGCUUCUUUUCUGUGGGUGUGAUCUGGAAUGCCGGGUGCACUGACAAUUUAUAGGGAUUAGUAUUUCUCUACUUGCAGUAUCAUUUAAUAGCGUCAUUUGUCAUAUGCAGCUUCAUCACACACUUGCAGAUUCCAUCUGACCUGGA